GGUUAGGGUCAGCUCUGGCGCCUUGGUGUCUGUUCGAGCUUCCUUUUACGACACAGAUAUGCAAGCACCCAAGUAAUGUAUGCAAAUAUCAUCAUCGUCGGAAGAUAAGUCGAUUGCAGCGAUAUCGCAGAUAACGGCAAUCAGUGCUACCUGUGAUGCAACUAGAAUGGGGUUGAGUGAGCGUCAACUAUAAAAGCCUCCGAGCUCGUUAAUACUUUCCACUUCAGCCGAGCUCAACGAUAUACCCAGGUCGGUUACUUCCAGAAUUGCCAACAUGUGGUCCAAAAGUUCUACUGUAGCAUUGCUCGCGGCCAGUUUCGUCCCCUCGGCUCUCUCAUCUUCUCUUGAAUCCAACACCUCCGUCAAUGUGUUUCCCAAUAUCGCUCAAUGGCCUCUCGCAACAGUUGGCAAAGCACUCGAGCAACAGCUUCCCGACGCCGAUCUACAAGCCAUCCUCGCCCAGAUCUCACAAGCCAAUAUCGAAGCUACAGUCCGGAAACUGGCGUCUUUCGGAACCAGACAUACUCUCUCGAGCCAGACAGAUCCCAAUCGCGGUAUUGGUGCAGCCCGAGACUGGCUUACCGCCCAGUUUGAAGCCGCUGCCGCUGCCAGUAAUGGAUCCAUGAGUGUAUCGUGGAACAGCUUUAUCAAGUACCCGGGUGAUAAUGAGCGCAUCAUCUUUCCCGUUAAUAUUACUACCGUCGUCGCGACUUUGACUGGAAGUGAGGAUCCUGAGAGGUUCUAUGUCGUUGGUGGACACUAUGACUCGAGGAACAGUGAUCCGGUGGACUAUGAAGGCGAUGCGCCCGGUGCAGUUGAUGAUGCCUCUGGAGUAGCAGUAUCCCUAGAGCUAGCCCGCAUAUUCGCAACAUACAAGCCCAAAGCCUCAAUCGCCUUCACCGCAUUCGCCGGCGAAGAGCAAGGCCUCCUAGGCGCCGAGAACCUCGCACAAACAUACAAAAAUUCCUCCACCAACGUCGCCGCCAUGAUAAACCUCGACAUGAUCGGCAACUCCAAAGCCGAAGACGGCACCUCCGACCCCCACAACAUCCGGCUCUUCUGCCAGGGCACCCCCCUGACCGAAAACGCCUCAACCACGACCUCCCGCCUUAGUAUCGGCGGCGACAACGACAGCCCCUCGCGCAACCUCGGCCGCCACAUCUACGAAGUCGCCUCCAACGCCUUCACCCAGAUGACCGUGCGCAUCAUCUACCGCCUCGACCGCUACGGCCGCGGCGGCGACCACCGGCCCUUCCUCGAAUCCGGAUUCAACAGCGUGCGCUUCGUCCAGCCCAACGAAGACUACACGCAGCAGCACCAGGACAUCCGCGUCCAGAACGGGAAGCAGUACGGCGACCUCGUCGAGUUCCUCGACUUUGCGUACAACACGCGCGCCGCCCGCGUCGUGGCAAGCACGAUGUGGAGUCUGGCGAACGCGCCGGGGCAGCCGACGAAUGUUGGAAUUAAUACGACGGGCAGCGAUAACUUCAGUCAGUUCCGCUGGACGGCACCGACGGGGUUGCGGCCCGCGGGGUAUGAGAUCGUGUACCGCGAGACGAUUGAGCCGCACUGGACGAGCGUGAUUGAUGUCGGGAAUGUGACGUGGUAUAAUCUGACGAGCGCGACGAUCCACAAGGAUAAUGUGGUGUUUGGGGUGAGGAGUGUGGGGGCGGGCGGGUGGAGGAGUCCGGCAGUGCUGCCGUUUCCGUUUGGGUGUACGAGGAAUUGCUAG